AGAGAGAUGUGUUGUGGACGGAUAUGCAUGCUGUGCACGUGUUUGAUUCUGGUGGUGAUCGCGGUCGGGUUCUUAUUCGGAUUCGGAGUUUUCAAGGAUGGUUUCCACAAGAUCCAACAAUCCGUCCAUCUCGAAUGCGAUCCGAGAUCCGGCUGCGGACGUCGCGGUUACGGUUUCCCCGGUAAUAACUAGCUAGCUGUGUCAUCUCAAACCAGCAAUGUUUGGUUUUGGAUUCAAAUUUGGAUAUAUCGGUUCUUAUAGGUUUUGUUUUUUGUAUUUUAAUUUUCUCCAAUACCUCACAUUGACUGAUUGAUUGCGCGUUAUAAUGUUUCGUUUAAUCAUCAAAGAUUUAGUUUUUGACCAUUAUGAUUGAUUGUUUUUUUUUUGUUGGUUACUUUCAAUAUCUUGUCU